ACCUUACACAUCACCCUCACGCGAAAUGCCGGUUCCUACUCAGUCAAACCAUGUUUAUACACUCUUUCCUACCCUUACUCGCGAACAGAUCGACGCUGCUCGCACUUCAGCGUGGUACGAUACUUUUGCGGACCUCACCUUCCCAGCCCAGUUUAUUGAUCUCAAGAAACUGGGCGAAGAGGAGGAGUUCUUGAGGUGGCUCGAAGCUGAUUCGAUUUUUCUGCCAGAAGGCAGCGAAGGAAGUCAACCGCCUCCUAUAUCUACGGUCUCCGAUUCUUUACCUACGCCUCGAUCUCGCUCCAAUUCCGGCGCUGAUGACAGCAGCUCCUCGUCUUCUGUUGCGCCCGUGUAUCACCUACCGAAGCUCAACGCUGCUGUAAGACAAGCUAUCGAGCAAUAUGGUGGUGCUGUAUUUCCAAAGCUCAACUGGACCAGUCCAAAGGACGCCGCGUUUAUACUCCCCCAAGCAUCCUCAGGGCCGUUAUACUGCUCUUCCCCUGCGGACAUGUACUUACUCCUCAAAUCAAGCGAUUUUAUCUCUCAUGAUAUUGACCACGAAAGGGCGUACUCUGGGGUACAAGAUCCGCAGGUUGAGGAGAAACCAAAGAUUGAAUUGGUCUUAAAGAAAUUUGAAAGCCUCAACCCAUCAAGGGAAGUGAGAUGUUUUGUACGAAACAACGUGCUUGUUGGCAUAACGCAGCGUGACAUGAACUUUUAUGAUCAUUUGCAGCCAGAAGAAGUACGCAGUAAGAUCUCUCGAACAGUGCGGGAGUUCUGGGAGGACGAAAUUCGGGAAAACUACGAAGGAGGGGAUGACUAUGUUUUUGACCUCUAUCUAUCUCCAAGCUUUGACUCAGCAACUAUCAUCGACUUCCAACCAUACCGAGAAUCUACCGACCCUCUCCUCUUCACAUACGAAGAGCUCCUUGCUAUUCUUCAAGACUCUGUGUCCCCAUCCGACUCCGAGUUUCGCCCCCGAUUGCCAUUAUUUAAAAUUAUUGACUCUCAAGCCCACCCUGCUGUUACGAGGAAUGCCCCAACUUACCAAAGCAAUAUGAUGCCUUUAGAGAUGAUUGAAUUUAGUGAAGGCAGAAACAUGGCCGAGUUUAAGGAGGCAUGGGAUGAGGCUGUGAGAAUGGGUAUGACUGAAUAAUAGAUCUCUACGAUUCUGUUCAUGGUAAAUGACUAAGUGAUGAACUGUGGUAUCGUCCCCUGACAAGCUAUGCAACAUUACUCUCCAUUCAACAUUA